AUGUCAGUUGACGGGAAUUUCUUUUUGGUGUCGGGGUAUGUGGACAACAUCGGGAGAGCCUCAUUCGUCACCUACGUGAUUUCGGGACUAAACGGAUCCAUUAUCGACACGAACGUCGCCGAAUGCGUCAUCAACAUUGGCGCCUUCUUCAUCGAAAAGAGAUUCAAUUUCCCUAAUGAACACAUCAUGACCUACGAUGAUCUAAAAUCUCUGCUUCUCGGCGGUACACACGUGACAUUCGUGGGUCUGGCGGAAUUGUGCGAAGGAAACCCGACGACAGGAGUGUCCAAGGCUCAGGGAGGAGGCUACCAUCUUCAGUUCUACGUCGAAACCAACCCAACCAGUGGACUGGAGGAUGUUAUCGUGGAAUACGACUAUUUGGGAGUGAGCCCGGACGGAACAGCACCAACGUUCAACGUUGCUCAAAUUAGGGUCUAUCCGGAUGGGUUCGUGAACGUCACCGGGAAUUCCUUCAUCACGACGACCUGGGAAGAUGUAUAUCCCUUCCCACAGGGGUUUCAGUGCACACUCGACGAUGGCAUUCGCUUCCAGUAUCGGCAACAGGAGUCCUAUGACUUCUAUGACUCAUUUGCUGCUGCUGAAGAAGCCCUUCUGUCUGGAAAGGAACUUCAAGUUUCUCUUGAUCACACCCAGUGUGAAGGAGCCCCAGAAUUCAUCAAUGCAAUGGGAGUGAGAGUGCUGGAAUGGGCACAGUUCGACGUGGACAGUGCUCUGGGUCACGAAAUCGACUUUUCUCAAGUCCUUGCUGCAACCGCCGAAGCAGCGGUACUUCAGGAAUAUUCCAUGACCGACGAGAAUUUGUUGAGGAACCAUGUGACUAUCUUUAACCCACUCACGGGUGAAAUCGCACUUGAUGUCACCUACACAUGCCCGAUGGGGACUGGCGCGAUUGUCUCUGCUCCGGCUAGAGCAAGUCGUGCCCUGGAGAGCUACUUCGAAGUGUAUGCAGCAGCCCUAGAAGGGACUCACUUGGAAGUCCGAGUCAAUUACGAACUGUGCAACGAUCCAACCGGAAGUGGAUUAGAUUUCACUGGCGUCACCGCAGGCGCUUACCUUCGGGAAAUGGCCAUCAACAACCCCGACAGUAGUGAUCCAUCCAUCAAUGGCCCAAUUACUCAUGAUAAAUGUAUUGAUGGAAAUGUUUCUCUGUGUAUCUCCAGGUUUGGAUUCGAGCAUCUUCACUGCCGCCUACUCCUUCGUGUCUGA